CUAGGGCGGAGCUGCACGGGCGAGGCGGCAAGCGGGUCGCCGCUGGCGGACGCGGCGGACGCUGCCAUGGACUGGUGAUCGCGGCUGCUGCUGCUCCGUCUCCGCCGGCCGGGCGUCUGCUCCUCAGCUCCAAGCCCUCAGCCGGGGCCAUGGGCUCGUCGGCGGCCGCGGCGGCGGCGGCGGCGGCGGCCGCUGACUCGGCGCAGUGGCUCUCGGUGAAGGAGGAGACCAUCUUCCUGCACGACGGGCUGAUCCGGGUCACCGACCUGGCCGAGUUGCCCAGCGAGAUCCUCGGGGCCCCGGAGGCCGCCGACACCGACCUGGAGAUUUUAACCUUUGAGACCAAGAACCCGUCGGAAUUAGCAGAACGUUUGCGCUCUGUUUGUGGGAAUCAGAGCAAUGCCUAUGCCCGGCUGCUGGAAUACCGCCUGAAUGCCUUGCGAGGACUGUGGAAUGCCCAGCGCCAGCUGGCCUUAGAAGAACAGCAUGAAAGGGAAAGUUCAGGUGAUGAGGAAACUUUGGCCCUGCUCAAACGCCAGGGCUUGUUGCAGCAACCUGAGCAAGCGCCCUUCACAUCAAGGAUGGGGCUCCUACUGGUCUUCCCCCUUAUUCAGUCCCAGAGUAGAACAGACCCCUCUCUCUGUAACAUAACUGCUGAGGUGCUAUUGAACUGCCUUCGUGACUGCCAGCCUUUGAGCUUGACCAAGGAGCCUGCUGACUGUCUCAAUGGAAUUGAAACUUUGCUGUGCUCUUGGCUAGAGGAGACUUCUGACACAGGCCGACACAUCCCACAUAAGCAAAAAGAAAAUGCUGCUGCUGCCCUGGUGGCUUUGGCUUGUGCCAGGGGAUCAUUGAAAACUUUCGUCCAUACAGUCCAUCUAUUACAGAAACAGACGGAUCUAGGGUCCCUGCCUGUAGCUGACGUGCUAUAUAGGCUGUUGCUUUUGGAAGGGGGGCCUGGAUCUCCCUCCUGUUUGCUUGGGGGCAAACACAUAGUAUCAUGGGGUUAUGAAGACAUGUUGCCUGCGCCAGAUAGCAACACUGGCUCCAGUUCUGAAAAUAAAGAUGCUGACUUGGGACGCUGUCUCACGGCAGACGGUCUUUACCUGUAUACUACUAACUCAGUUGGAAGAGGAGUAAGCAAAUUGGGGUCUGGAUUACAUGGUACUCUCAGAGGUUUUGUGUACUGCCGGAAUGAGGAGUUGGAACCAGGAUGGGUGGCUUUUGGCAGUGGCAGUCUUCUCCACCGGCCUGUCUCUUUCGAUAAUAAACCUCACUCCCUUUUCCAGGUCAUUGACCAGAACACCCUUCAGGUGUGCCAGGUGGUGCCAAUGCCAGCCAAUCACCUCCCCAUUGGCAGCACCAUGAGCACUGUGCACCUGUCUUCAGAUGGCACUUACUUCUAUUGGAUCUGGUCUCCUGCCAGCCUGAAUGAGAAAACACCAAAGGGACAUUCUGUCUUCAUGGACAUUUUUGAACUUGUGGUUGAAAAUGGUGUAUUUGUAGCCAACCCUCUUCAGGAACGCACAAUUCUAAUGAGAAAAGAGGGCGAAUCUGCAAAAAGCAUUAAUGAGAUGCUUCUAAGUAGACUUUCUCGGUAUAGAGCCUCCCCGUCAGCAACCCUUGCUGCCCUGACUGGUUCCACCAUCUCCAACACACUAAAAGAGGAUCAAGCAGCAAAUACUAGCUGUGGGCUGCCUCUAAAAAUGCUGCGGAAGACACCCAUAUAUACCUGUGGCACCUACUUGGUGAUGCUGGUGCCUCCUCCAGGGGGAUCAGGCAGCUCUGCCACCCGAUCUCUUUUUGGUGGAACAAGUGGUUUGUCAUCUUUAAAAAUCCUAGCCUCUGGCUUGGUGUAUCAUAUUUUGGAUGGUCAGUUUACAAGUCGUGCAGAUCUCAUAGAUGCUGCUGGAAGCUCACUGGGGCGUGGUGCUCUCGUACCAGGAUUGGGAGCAUGUUAUGACACAGUGAAUAACAUGCUAUGGACAUGCUCAAAUGACUAUAUCGAUCAGUGGUGUAACCCUGGGAAUCAAGCCUUCCAUUAUGUCUGCCAGAGACUUGGAGUCAGUCACAUUAUCACUGAGCCCAAAGAAGAGGCUAUAACCACGAAUGAGGUUAUAAACCAAUUAUUGCACCACGUUGGUGCGAUGUGCAUACACCAACUUAAUCUUCUUGCCACCAACCCCAAUCUUCCAAUCACAAGUGUCUUGGGCAAGCAGCAUCCAAUUGAAGCACACCAUCUUAGCAGUAUUUGUGACAUUAUGGAGAAGGCCAUGGUUAAUGGAGAUACCUGUAUUAUACGCUGCAUUCUCGUUGUCUUUCAGGUGGUAUUUAAAUUUUUCUUCAGCCCACAAACUGAAAGGAAUCGAGACAUCAUUCGACGGUCGGGAUUGCUUCUUUGGCAGUUGUUGAUGGCACCAAAAGAUCAAAUUUGCCCUGAGAUUCAGAAGGAAGUCUGCCUUGCCAUCAGCUCUGGUUUAAAUAUCUUGUACCCAGGUGAAACUGAAAUCAAUAACUUACUUAAACUGGUCUUAACAGAAGGAGAGAGAAACAGUGGACUCUCCCAGCUACGGGAUGUGAUCCUAACCAACCUGGCCGAACAGCUCCAAAACAACCGAUUUGGCAGCGAUGAAGAUGAUCAUUACAGACUAAAUGAUGAACUUUUACACUACAUUCUGAAGAUUGUUGUACGAGAAUCCUGUAUCUUAAUCACCAAGUGCCAAACUGUCUCUAAAGAUGAUUUUCAAAAGCUCCUUUCAACUGUGCCUGCUGCAUCCUCCUGCCUGCGCUAUCUGAUGGCAGUUCAGAAUCACCUUCUCAGUAACACUAUUUUGAUUAAACCUGAUGAGAAUGAUGACAGUGACAGCUCCUUGCAGGGAGAGACAUUGAAGGAGCUAAAAGUCAGUAUUUUGGCUCUUGCCACCCAAAUCCUGACUGGAUGUGAUGAAGUGUUGGAAAUGCUACAGCAGGUCACAACUGCCCUCAUAAAUAGUGACAUAGCAGACCGUGAGCAGAGGUUAAAAGGCUUGGAACAAGUUACUAAGGCUACUAUGCUUGGUCACCUUCUUCCAGUGUUACUGACCUCCCUGAUGCAUCCAAAUUUACAGACUCUGAUUAUGGCCGAUGCCCUGAUGCCUCAGCUAGUGCAGCUGGUACUCUAUACAAGCCAGACGGCUUUGCUGCUUAAAACCCAGUGUCCAGUUUUUGCUGAGGUGGGCUGUUCCCCGUGUGGUGCACCAGACCAGAAGUGCAGGCUGUUCCCUGAUGAGAGAAUGUUAGAAGAGAAGGAAGAGCCAGGAUUUCUCACUGGUUUAAAGAUUCCUGCCCCAUGGGCUGCUGGAAAGACUGUGGAAACAGUCCACCCCGUCAGAGACAACUAUAAAUUUAAAGAAACGGUCCAUAUCCCAGGAGCUCGCUGCCUGUACCUUAGAUUUGAUAGCAGAUGCUCUUCACAAUAUGACUAUGACAAAUUGGUGAUAUAUGCGGGGCCUAACACAAACAGUAGGAAGGUUGCUGAAUAUGGAGGCAACACACUGGGAUAUGGCAGCCGUAGUGUCUUAGGAACUGGUUGGCCGAAAGACUUGGUGAAGGUGGAAGGAGAUACAGUCACCUUCUCCUUUGAAAUGAGAAGUGGCCGUGAACACAACACUCCUGAUAAAGCCAUGUGGGGCUUUGCUUGCACAGUUCGCGCUCAGGAGUCUUCGGAGGAUGUCUCAGGAGGCUUGCCCUUUCUGGUAGACCUGGCUUUAGGUCUGUCUGUGUUAGCUUGUUCCAUGUUAAGAAUCCUGUACAAUGGACCAGAAAUUACCAAAGAAGAAGAAGCCUGUCAGGAGCUAUUGCGGUCCAAACUUUUACAAAGGUGCCAGUGGCAGGUGGAGGCCAAUGGCGUGAUCUCCCCUGCCCUUACUCCGAGCCCCUCUCCACUGCCUCUGACCAUAGAGGAAGACAGAGAAUUCACCUACCCCUCUGAUGUCCUCGUGCCUCCUGUUGGAAACUACUUUGAUCUGCCUCGGAUCAGGCUGCCUCCAGGAAUCAUGAUAAAGCUCAGGGAAAUUUCUGGGCGUGCUAGACCUCAAUUUAGACCAAGUAUAAAAGAAGUAAUUCAGCCAGACGUGAUGGAGGAAAUGGUGGUAUCUUGUGUUAUUAAACACUUGAACUUGGUUGAUGCACUGCAAUCUCUAAUAAAUUUCCAAUAUCAAGAAGAACAUGCUGAAGAAUAUGAUUUAUUGUGUAAAAUUAUGGGAGAGACUUUUAAGAAGCUCAAUGCCAUGGAGAGACAGCUGCAGAGUGUUGCAGAACUGGAACAAAAAUGGCAAAGUGAAGUUGAUGAUGCCAUGCAGGGGAAACUGGAGAACAACAUGCCUUUCUUUUAUGAUUACCAUUUUAAUGAGAACAAAAUGAAAGAACUAGAACUUUUGUGUUCAAUGAAGGAAGUCUCCUUUGAUGGGAAUGAUCUUGAAAACAUGGUCCUAUCACUGAGGGAGAAGUUCCUACAAGAAGUGAAUUCUCUUAUUCAGAAACCCUCACACCCACUGGCUAAAACAAAGACGUUAGUGAAGAGUUUAAUGAACCGAGCCGAGCUUUUGCUGCAUGUCACCAUCGCGGCCCAGUCAGGCCUCACAAGAAGCAUCUCUGGGACCCCUGCUGAAACACCAGCUUGUAAAUCAGCUUCUGAAACAAAAGUGAUAUCUCAUGCUGUCAGGCAGCCUGUUUUUCUUCGCAGCAUGUCAGCUCCUUCUGACCUGGAAAUGAUUGGUAAUGAAGAUUUGGAAUUUACUAGAGCAAAUCAGAGGCGUCGCCACGUGACCAGCCACCGCAGCAGCUCCUUUACACUCCUGCAGUCGCUGGCCAUUGAGGACAGCAGGGACAAGCCCACCUACAGUGUCCUGCUAGGGCAGCUGUUUGCUUUCAUCGGCACCAACCCUGACCAAGCUGUGUCCAGCAGCAGUUUUCUUUUGGCUGCACAGACAAGGUGGCGGCGGGGAAACACUCGCAAGCAGGCACUGGUGCACAUGCGGGAAUUGCUGACAGCUGCCGUGCGAGUCGGGGGAGUGACACAUCUUGUGGGUCCAGUGACAAUGGUCCUUCAGGGAGGACCCAGAAUUGAAGAACUCACAUGUGGUGGGAUGGUGGAGCAGGUCCAGGAAGCCUUUGGCGAGACCAUGACCUCCGUUGUGUCUUUGUGUGCUCGUUACCCUAUCGCUUGUGCAAAUAGCAUUGGACUCUUAUGUACCAUACCUUAUACCAGGAGUGAAGAGAAGUGCCUGGUACGCAGUGGCCUUGUGCAGCUCAUGGAUCGACUGUGUAGCUUGAGCAGUCAGACUGAGUCCAGCUCCAGUGAGAAACAGACCAAGAAGCAGAAGGUGGCCACCAUGGCCUGGGCCGCCUUCCAGGUGCUUGCCAACCGCUGUGUUGAGUGGGAAAAAGAGGAAGGUGGCUCCACAGAGGCUGUGCACUCAGGUCUGGCCCGGCAGGUGUCCAGCCUUCUCACCAACCAUCUUGCUCGAGCCACAGAGUGCUGUGGCAACCAGGCUGCUGGGAAUGAUGCGCUCCAGGAUGUCCUUAGUCUUCUCAAUGAUCUCUCAAGGAGCCACAUAGGUAAAGCCAUCCUGAGCCAGCCAGCUUGUGUGUCCAAACUCCUCUCCCUGCUGCUUGACCAACGCCCAUCUCCAAAGCUGGUCCUUAUUAUUCUCCAGCUGUGCCGGGCGGCGCUGCCUCUGAUGAGCGUAGAAGACUGUGGAAACGUGGAGCUCCCACCCUGGAGCUACUCUGUCCCCUCCUUAAACAGUGAGCAGGAGGAUCCCAGCGACCCAGCUUCCAAGAUCGCCUCCUUGCUCUUAGCAAAGCUGGCAGAUUACGUGGUUCCAGGAUGUCAGACAGUUCUUUCUCCAACCGCUUCUGAACCUGACACCACAUUGACAAAAACCAGUCCCAAGAAUUCCUUGAAAGGAGAUAAAGAUCCUGGAGAAGAGAGUGAGGCUGUGGAUGGCAAGCUCUCGAUAUUUAUCCACAAGCGGGAAGACCAGUCAUCCCAUGAAGUCCUUCAGCCGUUGCUAAGUAGUUCAGAAGGACGACCUUUCCGACUUGGUACUGGCGCCAACAUGGAGAAAGUUGUGAAGAUGGAUCGAGACAUGACCAAGGGUGGCUGUUGUGAAGUGAUUACAGAAGAGGCUGCAGCUGCCCUGCGGAAAGCCACCAAGUGGGCACAGUCGGGCCUCAUCGUCAGCAUUGGGCCACCUGUAGAGUCUAUCAACCCAGAGGCUGUGAGUGGACUAUCCACAGGUGACAAAAAGAAAACCGCCCAAACUUCCAUUUGCCGAGAGAGGAACUCGGAGCUUGCGAGGACUGAUCCCGUACGUCCCUUCAUCAGUGGGCACGUGGCAAACAGCAUGGCUGCAGAAGUGAUCGCCUUGCUACAUAGCUUGCUCAUGGCACCUGAAUCAAAUGCUGCUCAAAUAUGGACCACAACAGCAGAGAAGGUUCUGUCUCGAGCACUGAUGUACAUUCCACAAUUGGGGAAAUACGCAGAAAGCAUUCUGGAAAAUGGCAGCAGCAGUGGCAGGAAACUUGCCAAACUUCAGAGAAUUGCCCGCCAGGCUGUUGCUGCACUGUGUGCACUUGGAGGCUUCAAAGAGACAAUCAAGAUAGGAUCCGAGGUUCAGGUUUUAGGUAGAGGAAUCUCAGGAAGCAUUGGAGUAGUGGCUUCUAUCAAUGAACAGGAAGGUAUAGCUACAGUCAGAUUCCCACCCAUAGACUGUAGAAAGACUUCGCAAGCGUCAGACACAUUGACUAUUCCAUUGUCUAGACUUUGUGUUCCAAGAUCAGAGGCAUUGCCUCUUCAUAAACUGUCCAUUACUGAGAAGGUAGUACAGGCAGUCCAGUCCAUGUUGCUUCCUCAGGAGGGAAGUCUCUCUAUUCACACCUCACUUCCUGCAACAGGAGAUGGGUCAGCUCCUGUGAUGGCAGUCGUUCGGCUCCUUGCUGAAAUAAGGACAAGAGCAUGCCUGGUCAUGGCCCAGCUUUUAGAAGACAGCUUAUUUUGUGAAGAAUUCAUACAACAAUGUCCAGCAGCUGUUGAAGUUCUUAACCUGGUAGCCCAGGAAUGCAGUGCUGGUAAGUACCUGAACUUUCUUUACCACCCUGUUUUAUUGAAUUUUCUCAGCACUUUUAAUAAAGAGGUCUUAAUUGUGAAAUUUACAUUGAUACUGAAUGCACAGGAAAAUAAAGGGAUUGGUGUUUGCAGUUCUACUGAAUAUGGGUUUUUCCCCUCAAUGCAGCCCAAAGAGAUUACUUGGAGCCCCUCACGAGUGUUUCCGCCUGUUCGAGCCUGCAUGUUCUCAUCUCACCUUACCUCAGUCACCUUCCUGGCUGACCCCAGUGCUGGGGGAGGCCUGCCCCGGGGCACUUUUAUCUAUGCCACAUCACCACUGCCAGUUCAGGCCCCGUCUUUUUACUGGGAAAUUGAAAUCGUUUCCUAUGGAGAUACUGAUGAUGACACCGGGCCCAUAGUUUCCUUUGGCUUCACUACAGAAGCAGAGAAGCGAGAUGGGGCUUGGACUAAUCCAGUGGGCACUUGUCUUUUCCAUAACAACGGCCGAGCCGUGCACUACAAUGGCUCCAGUUUGUUACAGUGGAAGAGCGUUCGCUUAGACGUGACUCUCUCCCCCGGUGACGUGGCAGGAAUUGGCUGGGAGAGAACCGAGGGGACUCCACCUCCUCCGGGACAACCAGCCAAGGGCCGGGUGUACUUCACGUACUGUGGGCAGCGCCUCUCACCGUAUCUCGAAGACGUCUCUGGUGGCAUGUGGCCAGUGGUUCACAUUCAGAAAAAGAACACCAAAACCCGAGCUAACUUUGGCUCCCGGCCAUUUGCCUACGCAGAAGGGCAGGCCCACCGCAAUGCUGCCGACCUGUGCACCGACCUAGCAGAAGAGAUCAGCGCUAACUUCGAGGCCCUGCCCUUCGCCAUGGCAUCUGACAGUGACAAUGAUGCUGGCACCAGUAUUGCAUCAGACCCAGGCACUCAUGGGCCACCAUGCCGGAUUGCUGCUGUGGCCACCGCUCAGCAACAAUAUGAUAGUGACACCUCCUGUCAUUAUAAAGUCGAGCUCAGCUAUGAGAAUUUCAUCACCUCUGGCCCAGACCCUCACCCACCUCCCAUUGCAGAUGAUGAGAGCGAUGAUGAUGACGAUGAUGACAUCCCGCAGGAGGACCACUACGCCCUGCUGGUGAAAGCAUGGGAAACCAAGGUUUUUCCUACCAUCCGAAGACGCUUCCGCAAUGAAGCAGAGCGGAAAUCGGGCCUGGACCAGAUAAAGGGAGCCUUACAACUAGGUAUGGUGGAUAUUGCCCGACAGACGGUUGAAUUUCUCUAUGAAGAGAAUGGUGGCAUCCCAAGAGAUCUUUAUCUUCCCACCAUUGAAGACAUUAAAGACGAAGCAAACAAGUUCACAAUUGAUAAAGUUCGAAAAGGUCUCACAGUAGUAACCCGCUCUCCAGACAGCAAUAAUGUAGCCAGCAGUGCUGUUGGAACUGCUCUGCCAAAAUUUGCCAUCCGAGGGAUGCUGAAAACCUUUGGGCUUCAUGGAGUCGUCUUAGAUGUUGAUUCAGUGAAUGAAUUGGUGCAGGUAGAAACAUACCUCCGCAGUGAAGGUGUGCUGGUGCGAUACUGGUAUCCCAUUGAUAUGUUGGAAAGGCCCCCAGCAGGCUACCGAAGGACUGCCACCAAUGGGCUGGUCACACUGGACAAUACCAACCUUCAAAUUCACAGGGAGCUGCUGCGCUGCGAGGCUGCGCUGGCCAGGCUGUACUGCCGCAUGGCCCUGCUCAACAUCUUCGCCCCCAAGUUGCCUCACUUGUUCACCCGCCUCUUCCACAUCCCUGCCAUCCGGGACAUUACCCUGGAGCACCUGCAGCUGCUGUCCAAUCAGCUCCUCGCGCCACCCCUCCCAGACGGCACCAUCAGCUCCAGCUCGAUCCUCCUGGCGCAGUCUUUACAGCAUUGCAUCCAUUCCCAGAACUGCUCCGCCACGGACCUCUUUUACCAGGGCAACUCCCAGACAGUGAGAGAGUGGCUCAACGUGGCCAUCACCCGGACCCUGCACCAGGGCGAGGAGAGCCUUUUAGAGCUGACGAAACAGAUCUGCUCUUUCCUGCAGACAGCACCAGAGCAGUUCCCCUCCGAAGAGUUCCCAAUUUCCGAAUCCAAAGUCAACAUGGAUGUGAAUUUCCCUGGGGCAGCUUUUGUUGUUGUGUCUUGUAAAGAAAGUCAAUCUGGAUUCCGCAAAGACUCCUCUCUGUACAAGGCGCCAUGGGCACGGGUGCUUGUAUACGGCCUCGGCCACAAAGUGAAGCGAAAUGGCCAGCUGAACCUCAUCGAGGCCGCCUGUUACCCACGGGACGCAUCCCCGGCCAACACUGGGCUUGCACCUCCCCCCACCGCUGACCAGUACCCCUCUGUGGUCCUCUCCACAGACAGGGUCCACAUCAAACUGGGGGUGUCUCCACCUCCUGGAGCGGUUCUGGUGUUACAUUCCUUGCCCCUGGAGUUCCCACUGGCUAUGGCCUUCGCAGAGCAGCUGCUGUCCUGGAAAUCAGAGGACAGUGAAGGGAAGUCCGAAGAUGAGCCUGACACCAUUCCAACAUCCGUCCUCCUGCAGGUGGUGGAGCUGCUAGGAAACUUCCUGUGGACCACGGACAUGGCAGCCUGCGUGAAGGAGCUUGUUUUCCAUCUCCUGGCAGAGCUCCUGCGCACUGUGCACACCCUGGAGCAGAGGCGGCACCCCGCUGGCCUGUCCUCCUCAAUCGCCCUCCAGCUGAACCCCUGCCUGGCCAUGCUGAUGGCCUUGCAGUCAGAGCUCCACAAGCUGUACGAUGAGGAGACGCAGAACUGGGUCUCAGGCAGCACCUGUGGGGGAUCCGGGGGCCCAGCGGCCGGCGACCAGGGCAGGUUCUCUACGUAUUUUCAUGCACUCAUGGAAGGGUGCCUGGCGGUGGCCGAAGUGACCCUGCCUACUAACAUGAGUGUCACAGCCAGCGGGGUGACCUCAGCGACCGCCCCAAAUCUCAGUGACUCGUCCUCCUCCUCCUCGUCCUCGCCAGGACAGACCCCGCAGAGUCCCAGCCUCCUCUCCAAGAGGAAAAAAGUCAAGAUGAAGCGGGAAAAGGCCGCCUCGUCGGGCAAGCGCCAGUCUUCCCGCACCGUGGACUCGGACCCCACUGUGCUCAGCAUCGGAGGCAGCAAGCCCGAGGACAUGCUGUGGUUCCACCGUGCACUCACCUUGCUCAUCAUCCUCCGCCACCUCACCAGGAAGGACCCACAGGGGCUGGGCGUGACGAGUGACGCCAUCGCUGAUGCCUGCCAGGCCCUAGUGGGCCCCACCGCCCACAGCCGUUUGCUUGUGAUCUCCGGGAUCCCCACCCACCUGGACGAGGGCGUAGUCAGAGGCGCCAUCCGCAAGGCCUGCAACGCCCACGGCGGGGUCUUCAAAGACGAGAUCUACAUCCCGCUGCAGGAAGAAGACCCCAAGAAGCCGAAAGACAAGGCCGAGGGCGGGGACGGGAAAGCUGAGCCCGAGAAGACACUGGCCUUCCCUGGCUCAGACAGCAUGGAAGUCAGCACGUCCAGCAGCCUGACCCCCGCCAUGAGCAUCAGCGCCUCUGCCUCCACCAGCCAGGCUUCCAUCUGCAGCUCCCAGGGCAUCUCCCAAACUGUCAGCGACCUCUCCGUGGAUCCGCUGCCUGCCGGCCUCGAGCUGCCCAUCCCUCCGGGCCUGUUGGAGCCCCACGUGGUGUCCAGCCAGGAGAGCCUGGACAUUUCCCUGUGCAGCACCGGCAGCCUGGGCAGCCUGGGCAGUCUGGGGGAGCCCCUGGACAAUGCAGAGACGGCCUUGGUGUCAGACAUGGGCUCCAUGUACACAGUAACUUCCCUGGACCACCAGCCCCUAGUGGCACGCCCCAUCAAAGGCUUCGCAGUGGUGGAGAUAAGAUCCCGAGCCAAAAUUGAGAAAAUUCGAGCAAGUUUAUUUAACAAUAAUGAUUUGAUUGGUUUGUCAAGUUUGGAUGGUGAAGAUGAAUUGAUGGAAAUGUCAACCGAAGAGAUUCUAACCGUGUCUGUAGUAAAUCAGAGUCUCUUUGAUACUCAAGGGAGCCCAGGGUUAGAAGAUUAUUUCAAUGAUAAGUCAAUUAAAGGGGAGAAGCUGGUGCCCGGGGCCAGAGAGGUUCUGACGGAGAUAUUUAAGAGCUGUGCCCAUUCAGAGCAGAUGCUGAGCCUGACACCAGCGAAGCCCAUCAGAGUCUCUGACAUUUACCUUAGCAAAGAGCAGAUCAACUCCCAGACCCCAGGCAACCUCCUCCACCUCUUCUUCACCAAUGUCCGGCCUCCAAAAAAGGUGCUGGAGGAUCAGCUCACCCAGAUCCUGAGGAAGUAUGGCGUGCCAAAGCCCAAGUUUGACAAGAGCAAGUACAGCAAGGCCGGGAAGGAGCAGCACCCCGUGAAGGUGGUGAGCACCAAGCGGCCCAUCACCAAGCCGCCCACCAAGGACAAGGCCGUGCUCAACAGCGUCAGCAGGACUGCCUUAAGUGAGAAGAAGCCAACUGUGAAGCCAAAGUCACCAGAAAAGAGCAAACCAGAUGAAAAGGACCCAGAAAAGUCCCCUACCAAAAAACAAGAAGUCCCUGAGGAAAAAUACCUGACGCUGGAAGGAUUUCACAAAUUUGUUGUUGACCGAGCCAAGCAAGACAUCCGCAGUGUCUGGAGGGCGAUCUUGUCCUGUGGUUAUGAUCUUCAUUUUGAGAGGUGCGCCUGCAUCGAUGUCCGACAUGCACAGAAGGCCUCAAGAAAGUGGACCCUGGAGAUGGACGUGGCACUCGUGCAGUACAUCAACCAGCUGUGCCGCCACCUUGCCAUCACACCCGCACGGCUCCAUCCCCACGAGGUGUACCUGGACCCUGCGGAUGCUGCGGACCCCAGAGUGGCCUGUCUCCUGAACGUGCCCAUCGAGAGCCUGCGCCUGCGCUUCGCCUUACUGCAGUCCCUCAACACCACGCUGGAGACCUUCUUCUUGCCCUUGGUGGAGCUGCGCCAGACACCUAUGUACACCCAUAGCAUCGCCGCCCUGUUGAAGGAGGCCAAAGGGCUGAUCUUCUAUGACACAAAAGUGACCGUGAUGAAUCGAGUGCUGAAUGCCACUGUGCAGAGGACAGCGGACCACGCGGCACCUGAGAUCACCUUGGACCCACUGGAAAUUGUGGGAGGGGAAAUCAGAGCUUCUGAAAACUCCUACUUCUGUCAGGCUGCCAGGCAGCUGGCCUCAGUGCCGUCGUCUCAGCUCUGUGUCAAGCUGGCCAGUGGUGGUGACCCCACAUAUGCCUUCAACAUCCGCUUCACUGGGGAGGAGGUCCACGGCACCAGCGGCUCUUUCCGCCACUUCCUGUGGCAGGUGUGUAAGGAGCUGCAGAGUUCCUCGCUGUCGCUGCUGCUGCUGUGCCCCAGCUCAGCUGUCAAUAAGAACAAGGGCAAGUAUAUCCUGACCCCGAGCCCCAUCACCUACGGGGAGGAGCAGCUGCUGCACUUCCUGGGGCAGCUGCUGGGCAUUGCUAUUCGGGCAGAUGUCCCGCUGCCCCUGGACCUCCUGCCCUCCUUCUGGAAGACGCUGGUGGGCGAGCCCUUGGACCCUGAGCAAGACCUGCAGGAAGCGGACAUCCUCACCUACAAUUACGUCAAGAAGUUUGAGAGCAUCAAUGACGAGACCGAGCUGGAGGCCCUGUGCGCUGAGAUUGCCUCCCAGCACCUGGCCACCGAGAGCCCUGACAGCCCCAACAAGCCCUGCUGCAGGUUCACCUACCUGACCAUGACGGGCGAGGAGGUGGAGCUGUGCAGCCGGGGCCGGCACAUCCUUGUGGCGUGGGAGAACAAGGACAUCUAUGCGGCAGCCAUCCGGAGCCUGCGGCUGCGGGAGCUGCAGAAUGUGGAGUGUGUGACGGCCGUGCGGGCUGGCCUGGGCUCCAUCAUCCCCCUGCAGCUGCUGACUACGCUCAGCCCGCUGGAGAUGGAGCUGCGCACCUGCGGCCUCCCCUACAUCAACCUCGAGUUCCUCAAGGCCCACACCAUGUACCAGGUGGGGCUGAUGGAGACGGACCAGCACAUCGAGUUCUUCUGGGGGGCCCUGGAGAUGUUCACCCAGGAGGAGCUGUGCAAGUUCAUCAAGUUUGCCUGCAACCAGGAGCGCAUCCCGUUCACCUGCCCCUGCAAAGACGGGGGCCCCGACACCGCCCAUGUGCCCCCGUACCCCAUGAAGAUCGCCCCCCCAGAUGGCACAGCAGGUUCCCCAGACUCUCGCUACAUCCGCGUGGAGACCUGCAUGUUCAUGAUCAAGCUUCCCCAGUACUCCUCUCUGGAAAUCAUGCUGGAGAAACUUCGUUGUGCCAUUCACUACCGCGAAGACCCCCUCAGUGGCUGACAGGAGGAAGCCCCAGAAUUAGGAUGUCACUGAGGCACCUGCUCUGCUGGCUUGGGAAGCCACUACUGCAGCCCGUCCCUCCAGGGCCCUGCGUGAGGAGUUGGCAACAUUUUGCUUUUCCGAACUUUCGUCCACGUUCCAGGGCCUCCUGGAAGACUUAACCUUUUGUCUUUGUACGUUUCGUGAUGGGUUGGUUCUUUUGCUGCCUGUUUGUGGUCUAUUUGUAGGAUAGUUUAGUUCCCAGACAGUUUGUGUCUAAUUUGAUCUUCUUGGACAUUGUCCCUCGUGGCCACCAGAUUUUAAUGCCAUAAGGCCCCAGCUGGUUCCCCAUCACAGAACCACCGAGCAGGAAGCCAGGGGUACAAUGACCUCAGCCACACAGAGCAUCCGUGCUUUAGCAGAGCGCCUCCACAGACAAGCCUGUGGCCAGCCCUCCCCUCUGGCCUCCAGCUGGAGUUGCUCCAGAGGCAGCCCCAGCAGGCCUCCCUCCACCUAGAGGUGGCUGGGCCAGUUGCCCAAACAUGGGAGACACACAGGGAGCUUUAUAUGUUCAUCUUCCUGCUUUAGAACUUGCUCCCAGUCUUGGUUUUUCUGAGGAAAAGCCCACAGUGGUUUCCCUGCGUGUCCCAAACCUCCCUAUCUGCCAUCUGUCUCUGCUGGGCCCUAGUCUGACAGUUUUCAUCUGAGGCCUCCUCAGGAGCAGGAGACUCAAGGGUUCAUCCCGACCUUAAUUCACAGAGCCUAGCUGGGUGCAUCCCAGCUGCAGGGGGUGAGAAGACACCCAGAGGUGGGAGACAGUGCUCAGGUGGGGGCCUCCUCUGAGACUCUGGUUGAAGAGGAAAGCACAUGAUUCAAGCCUACCCCACAAAAAAGGAGCACAAAAUGCUCAGAAAUGGCCCUUUCUCCCUGCAGUGACAUAGGACAAGGGAAAGGGCCACACCCCCAUUUUCAAAAGAGUGGACUGAGGUGCUCUGCUCAAUUCGGGGUCUGCUUUAGUGACCCAGACAUGCAAGUCCAGAUGGAGACUCCAGGGGGGUCCUUCUGCCCCUCUGGCCAGCCCUGCCUAGCACUCCCCAUCACCCCAUGUAAGUGUGUGUGCCAGGGCCGGGCUGCCUCCAGGCUCACCCACUGCCCCAGUGCAUCUUUGCCCCAAAUAGGUCUUUGUCCAAUGGUACUCUGUUCAUGAGCAGCACAGGCCAUCUUGUUGGACACUGUCACUUUGGGCCUUGCCAGGUCUCACAGAAUCACAUCACUGUAUUUAUUGUAUAAUAUUGUGAAUAUUGGAAGUUUUGAGUGAGUGCUAUCUAGAAGGUUUUGGAGUGUGGAUGCUGGUCCAAGAAAGAAGAUGUGCCCUGGCCUGCUGGAAAGAUUGUGAGUUCUAGAGAUAGAGCCGUUAGCAUCCAUCUCCUCCCUGUAACUCUUAGGAAAUGCAUCAAGGACCAUUAUAGAAAGGAUCCCCUGACCUCAGGAUGAAAUCGACCUAGGGUUAAUCAUGACAGCUGCAUCAGUUGUAUUUGAUGCGAGUCACCUCUGGAGGUGAGUGCCCGCAAGCAGUUCCCCUGUUUUGAAAGAAGAUGGUCAGCCCACUGCCUCACCAGCAGCCACAGCUCCCUUGAGUGGGGCGGGGGGGGGGUCACAUCCAGGAUGUAUUCCUGACAACAAGGAUCCUUUUAUUUUCAUUUCUGCAAAACGAAAGAGCCUUUGGAUUUAUUAGAAGUGGUUUUUCCUCCCUGUAUCUUUAAAUUCUUGGUUCUCUUUAGUCCUCAUCCCUUGAAUGGACUUGUCAGCUACCUCCCCAGGAGGAGUUCAGAAGCUUCUGUUGGCCAUCACUUGAGUAGAUGACAGCUGUAAGGUAUCUGCUGCUAACAUGGCUGCUUCUCCGAGAGCACAUUGAGGUCCAGACAGUUCCAAACCUUGGCCCUAAAAAAUGUGUGCUGUAAAGUUACUUGAUGUAUAUUUAUUAUAAUUAUUUAUGGUUGCAUUUAACAAACUUUUCAUUCAAUCUGAUGCUAUUUACACCAUGCUGUGUAAAGGAAGCUCACUAAAGGAAAAAAGUCACACCAAUAAAUAACCUUCAUCUAAUUUUGAUUUACCUUAAGAGUUGUGUGAUCAUCUACUCUUGCUGAGCAAGUUCAAAGACUGGCAUGCUUGGAUGGCUCUGAUAUUUAAGUGCUGCCAAGUGGCUAGGAAUUAAAGUGUUUCUAAUUAU